AUGGCACCAAUCACAAGGGAAGGAGAAAAUUUUCAUCGAAUACUUCAGUUAAUUUUUGGAGUAGUAGAUGAGGCCGUGAGAACUAUGUUUGACAAAUUGUUUUCCCCAAUAAGUUUAUAUCAAACUCUGCAAGCGAAGAAAAAAGACUUGGAAUAUCUGGAAUACAAAAGAAUAUUGAGCAAACCUCAGAUGAAAGUUUUAUAUCCUAUAUCAGGCUCACCAUCCUCAAAGAAUUUUGAUAUUACUUUAAUGAUGUGUUUACUAAAGAAUCUUAAACAAAUACCACCACAGUCGUUAAAUAUGACUGUAGAGCCACCCUCUUCCGACAAGAGUGUGGGAGCAGAUUUAGUAAGAUUAAGACUUCACAGGAAUACGAUUGGGCAUUUAGUGGGCAGCACAAUAAAAACGCAUGCCUUUAUGACCAUGUGGACGGACAUCACACAGGUAGCUUAUUCCAUAUAA